GCACAGUUCGAAAAAAAAAGAUAUCGAUAGUUUAAUGACGAUACUGCUACAUUCAAAAGGGUUAAGGCGUACCGAAGAAAAAUAUCCGCUGCCUUGAUGUACAUUGCAGUGUUUUAAUCAAUCUUGUAAAAACUAUAACUUGUAGAUGUGUCAUGUCUUCACGAUAUGAUGUCAGAUGAUAUGUUACCCCUGCAAACUAAAUGUCACUAAACUUUCUCCUUUGACAGAGACUGAUUAGAUAUAAAGAAGAAGGAAAAAUAAGAUAUUAAGAAAUGGGUUAGGUGGAAGUUCGCAUAGCUGUCGUAACAAUGUUACUGCGGCUGUUAAACAGAAAUACUUCCGGCCUCGAGUCAAGUGGGCAGCUGCUAAUCCGUGCGGGGAUGUGAGUGGGCGUCCCCCGGCGUUGGUUGUGACGUAUUGAAGCCGAGGCGGGGCGUUGCCCACAACAUCGGGCCGAGAUGGGAGACCGCGAGGAGCGUCAGGACCUGCUCGUGCGAGACGGUUCGCACGAGUACGACGCCACCUCCGGCGCGGGGGCGGUCGGGCCCGCCGGCUACUGCAGCGACGACGACGAGUACGAUGCGGACGGGGGCGGUGUCACACUGUCGCCGGCGAGGGAGGCGGCGGAGGUUGCGGCCCUCGCCUUGAUGCUCGCCCUUUCGUCGGCGGUGGCCGUCGUCUUGCUGCCGCUCUACUUGGACACCGUCGCCUCAGUGGGCGACGCCUACACCGCACUGCUGUUCACCACAAUCGGUUCGUCAGCAGUCCUGCUGCCAGUGGCGUGGGUGGCAGGGGGCGUACGCGUGGGCGGCUACGGCAGCGCCGGCAUCGCCGGCUACGCGCCGCCGAGCGUGCGCUUCCGCCUGCGGCUGCAGCCGCGGCGGCGCUGGCUGGUGCCCCUGAGGGACGGGUCGCUGCUGGCCGUGGCGGGCUUCCUGACACUGAGUGCUCUGCAGGAGAAGCGGGUGCCGUGCCACGCUCAGGACCCGCUCAAGGGGCUCAUCAUGGUCGUCGCUAUCGUACACUAUUUCUUCUUCUCACACAGGGUGGUGUGCCUGCGGCAACUGUUCCUGAGCACGGGGGCGGCGGUGGGCCUGUUCGUGGCGUGCGACUACGCACUGUGCGACGGGUACCGGUGCCGCGGCUGGGAGCGGGACGGCGGACGGGAGCAGGACGAGGGCCCGCCGCUGGGGCGCGGGCUGCGCGCCGCCUGGCUCGUGGCGUACCUGACGGGGCUCACCGUCUGGACGCUGGUGGCGGGUGCCCUGUCCGAGGGCGGCGAGCGGCCGUCCACGCCGGGCGCGGCACUGCUGCACGCGGGUCGCCUGCACGCCACGGCACUGCCCCUCACGCUCUUCCUGUUCGUUCUGGAGCUCGUGCCGGGCAUCGCUGGGGCCGCGGUGCGCGCCGCGCCCUCGCUGUGGGGUGCGCAGUGGGCGGGCCUGGCGGCGCACUUCUCGCACGGCGGGGUGGCGGGCACGGCGUGGCCGUGGCUGGUCGCCUACUGCUCGGCGGCCGCCUGCUCGGCGCUGCUGCUGCGCCGCCUGCGCGUCAGCUCGGUGCUGGUGCUCGGCGCCGCCUGUGGCGGGGUGCCGCUCGCCUCCCUGUGGUGGUCGCUGUUCCGCGUCCGCUACAACGGGAAGCCCCCUCUCGGCUUUGGGUUGGUGGAGUGGCACCCGAACCUGGCAACGGGGGAGGCGAUCUCGGCACUCCUGGGUCUGCCGCUCGUGGCGGCCGCCACGGUGCUCGCCCUGCGCGCCCACCUCUCUGCCAGGAAGGGCACCGCCAGGGAACCGGACGCCUGCGGGGGCGGAGCUGCCACCCGAGCCGCCGCCACGGGCACCGCCCGCCUCUGCAGUCCCGACUCCUCGUCGUAGGGGCCCUGCGCAUUCCCCUCCUAGCGUAAAACCGUGAUCUCACAGUGUUAAGUCUCCUGCCCCCCCCCCCCUUUCCUACCACGUUACAUUCCCACCCUGUGUGCGCCAAAAAACUUACACUUUUGUUUUGGUCUGGAAAGUUCUCAAAGACUUAAGUCGAGAUAAAAGACUACAUUGCAAACAUAUGCCAUAAAAUAGAAAUUGUGUUCCCCCCCCCCCCCCCCCAAACAUUGUUUUCCACAUAUCCUCUGUAUUUACUGACUCCUCUGUGUCAUAAGAAACAAUUAGGAUGAGCCUUUUCCAACUAUCAUGGCACAGUUAAAACUGAGAACUUUCUUGAUCAACUGUGUACGUUUUCAUAUCAUAGCACUUUGCAUUGAGCCAUAUCUGACCAGUUUUCUUCAUUGUAAUGUUUUGAAAAUUUGAACUGAGUGCUUGGUGGUUGAAAAUUUAUCUGCAUGAUGUGACUUACCAAAUGAAAGUCCUGGCAGGUCGACAGACACACAAACAUACACACAAAAUUCAAGCUUUCGCAACAAACUGUUGCCUCAUCAGGAAAGAGGGAAGGAGAGGGAAAGACGAAAGGAUGUGGGUUUUAAGGGAGAGGGUAAGGAGUCAUUCUAAUCCCGGGAGCGGAAAGACUUACCUUAGGGGGAAAAACAGUUUGUUGCGAAAGCUCGAAUUUUUUGUGUAUGUUUGUGUUUGUUUGUGUGUCUGUCAACCUGCCAGGACUUUCAUUUGGUAAGUCACAUAAUCUUUGUUUUUAGAUAUAUUUUUCCUAUGUGGAAUGUUUCCCUCUACUAUAACUAUAUAUAUGCCAUUUUGCAUGGUAAAGUAAUGAAAAAAGUAAAACCUGGUGAAAGGUGCAGAACUUUUUUGACACCAUUACGCAGACUGAAUUUCUUUCUAGUAUUUCAGAUGUGAGUUUCUGCAGUACAAGCCAUGUCUGAAAUUGUCAUCCAUUAAUAGCUAUCUCCAGUAAUAGCUGCGUUCCUCCAAAAUUUGUUAGUCCUGAUCCAGCAUUAUAACACAAAAAAAUAUUAUAUAUAACUGUAGGAUUUGUAACAAGAAGUUGUACAAAGGGAUUGUUGCUGCCUAUACAGCUGUGUCACUUUGUGGUGAGAGAAGAAAAAAUGUUUUUUGAUCACAAGGAUUAUAAAAUAUAAAAUCACUUUAAUGAUCCCUGAAAUGCCAUAAGUAAAAAGUUAGAAAAUCAAACAGAUCUUAUCAAUGCAGUCGCAGAAUAUGUACAGCUCUGUUACAUUGGCUAUCGUAUUCUUGUCAGCAAACUACAUAACAAUGUACAAGGGUCAUACUGAAGUUCACAAGCAACUUAUCAUUACAAAUAUUAAUUAUGUUUUUUAGACAAACCAUGUACAUAAUGUUGCUCUAAUGAAUUUUCUGCCACAUCGAAUGCGCAACGGAGCUCCAACAGUGUCUAGAUGUAGCUGGUAACAUUUAUGGCUGCAGAAAAUUUGCCAGAAUGUUACCCUCUGCAUCCAAAAGCUGCUACUCAUAACUUUCCCAGGCAGAGUAUCUGUUCGUGCUUUGGUUUUUGACUGCAGCAGUCAGAUGCUACCGUUCCAUAUUUCAAACUCGUAAUUAUGAAAACAGCUUUCAUCACUUGUCACAGUUGUCAUCAAAACUCCAUACCCUCCAUUUUGUCAUCUUACAGCAUUGUGUCAUAAUUUUUGUUUAUUAUGUUUUAUCGUCUCCAAGUUUGUUGAACACCUUAUAACACACCAGACAGCAAAGACCCCAAUCAAAGUUCUGUGUUCUCAGAUGUGUACCAAAAUUCAUCGGUGGUUGAUAACAUUAAUUUUCAUAUUUAGAAAAUGGAUGUGGCUUCAUACAAAUGAAAAUGGAAACAUGAUAGCAUACAUAGAGCAGGAUGAUGACUUAAUAAACAUCUAAAAUACCUGCCAUUAGUAACAAUCAUUAAAUCGCCACUUCCUCACGUGGUUCAAAAGUAAUAGAUCAAAUUCUGCUCUCGUAAAGUUGCCAUCAUGUGUCCAAAUAACUCCACAACCUUUCACUUUACAUCCCAUAAACUCCUCUACGGACU